AUGGGUGGCGGGAAUUUGGAGGAAGAAGAUUAUUACCAUGGUUUAUUACCGCGAGAAGAUAUACCGCAUUUGUUAAUCAAGGAAGGUGAUUUCUUGGUACGAUCAAGCGAAACAGCACCAAAUCAACCACGACAAGUCAUUAUUUCUAUUUUGGUGGAGAAAAUGGGAGCAAUUGUGAGACACAUAGUGGUACAACAAAAUAUUCAUGGGAAAUAUGUGACCGAUGCUCGUGCUAGUUUUCAUAGUGUGCCGGAGCUUAUACAAUUCUACCGAAACUGUGGUGAACCGGUCCUCAGCACGGUGCCAAAAGCGAUUUUGAAACGAGCAAUAACUCGAGCACCAUGGGAAUUACGGCAUGAAACGGUUAUAAUUGAAAACAAAAUUGGUGAAGGUGAAUUUGGUGAAGUGUUUUCAGGAAAAUACAAACUUCCAACUGGAAGAGUGGUCGAAGUGGCCAUUAAAUUGGCUAAAAAAGCAGAAAUGUCGAAAGAAAAAAUAAAGGAAAUGAUGAAGGAAGCCCGUCUGAUGCGUAAUUACGAGCAUCCCAACGUUAUUCGCAUGUAUGGCGUAUGCGUCGAACAUGAACCAUUACUUAUCGUUAUGGAAUUGGUAGAUGGUGGAGCGCUGGAUGAUUUUCUGAAAAAAAAUCGAGUUUCAGUAAAGGAUAAAAUUGAAAAAAUGGUUGCUGGUGGUGCUUGGGGCCUGGAAUAUUUGCAUUCCAAGAAUUGUAUUCAUCGUGAUAUUGCCGCCAGAAAUUGUUUGCUUACACGUACUGGCAUAGUUGAAAGACCAUUUCUGUUGCAUGUGAAAAUAUCGGACUUUGGCCUAUCACGUGAAGGUGAUGAAUAUCAAAUGACAAAAGCAAGGCGGGUUCCAAUCAAAUGGCUUGCGCCAGAAACUAUCCAACGAUUAGUCUACACUUCCAAAACAGAUGUAUGGAGUUAUGGUGUCAUGGUGUGGGAAAUUUUUGCAAAUGCAGCAGAACCUUAUCCAGGAAUGACAAAUGCAGAAGUCAAAGAAAAAGUCACAAAUGGGUACAAAAUGUUAUUUGCACCAGAAGCACCACCAUGGAUUGUUGAAAUAGUACACAAUGGCUGUUGGCAAUUAAAUCCGGAUAGGAGAGCGAAUAUGGGACAAAUAGCACGGUGGAUCGAACAAAAUGCUGGUAUAACAGCUCCAGUGGUUAUCACUCCUCCGUUACUUGUUACGAAAUCAGGAGUAUCAGGUAUGCCCUAG